GGACUUAAGUAAGGAGGUAGAAGGAUCCCAGGUAGACAUUCUUUGGUUUUGGGAAAGGGAGACUUUUUGAAGGAAAGCACCAUGGCUUGGACACUGCUUUUCCUUUCAGUUCUGACUUAUUUCUCAUGCGUCACUUCACAGCCCACCUUGACUCAGCCCGUCUCCCAGUCUGGAUCUCUAGGAGGAACAAUGAAACUCCCCUGUGCCAUCAGCAGCAAUCCAAACUAUAUUUAUUGGCUUCAGCAAAAAUCUGGAGAAGCCCCUCGCUUUGUGCAUUGUGAUGGCUGCAGCAGGGGAGAAGGGAUCCCAGACCGAUUCACAGGAACCCGGUCAGGCAACAAUGGCUACUUAACCAUCACCAACCUUCAGCCUGAAGACGAGGCCGAUUAUUAUUGUUACAUGUGGUAUAGCAGUGGUAGCGUGUUCAUCUUCGGAGGUGGAACCCAAUUAAUCGUCACAGGUCUGCCCACUGUAUCUCCUUCGGUGCAAGUCUUUGCUCCUUCCCAGGAAGAGAUCAGAAGCCCGAACCCACAUACCGUGGUCUGUCUCCUGAGCGAAUUUUACCCACGUAAUUUUGACCUGCAAUGGAAAUGUGAUGAUAAAGUGAUAACAUCUGGAGUGGAGACCACCAAGGCCACCAAGCAAGGGGACAAAAACCUUGCCAGCAGUUACAUGAAAUUGAGUGCGUCUGACUAUGAAAAAUGUGGCACUUUCACCUGUCAAGUGACGCAUGAAGGAAAGACCAUUGUGAAGAGCGUGUCAAAAUCUGGAAGUUGUUAACUCCGUCAUGUAUCCUCUCCUGCCAUUCAGCAGGAGACAGGAGUCCCUUUUCCUGGGCUCUCAUUCAUUCUUUCCUAAACAUUAGUGUGAUCCAUAGUGUCUCUUUCUAUCCCAUGUAGUUACACUCUUUGUACCCCCUCCAUGCCUUCGCCCUUCAAAUCGAUUCCCCCCUCUUGAUCUGCUAGAUUCUACUGUCAGAACAUUAAUAAAGAUGGAUGUAUUUCAUU